GGCCCGUGCAUCGGGAUGGUGGGUAAUCUGAAGAAGAUAAAAGUGGAGCUGGGUGGAGACAACUUACAUCUGGCUGUGGCGAAAUCCGACUCUAUCGAUUGCCUCAAGAGGUUUAGAAAGCGAAGUGAGCCCACCUGGAUGUUCUUGGCGGGUGGACAGCUCCUAAAUGUGGUGUUCGGAGCAGACGCGCCUCGUCUCACGCGCACCAUCGAGCAGGAGCUGCGGAAUGAGGAGCUGGUCAAGAAGGGGGAGAAGGAGCGGCCGAAGAGACUGCCUCACGAGCUCACGACACCUGAACAGGAGGUAGCAACAGCCCAAGAGAAGUUAUUCCAGGAGAGGCGGGCUCGGGAGGCGGAGGCUGUCGCGGCGAACCACCUCGCCCGGCGGGAGGCCCGCGCCAAGCGCCUGGAGGCCUACUUCAGCGACAUCUGCCCCGCGCUCAUGACGCCGCAUGCGCAGAAGAACUUGCGGAAGGUCGCUGAAGUGCUUGAGCAACACGGAGUAAUAGUGGCAGACAAGUGCCCCUGGGUGUUAGGCAAGGACGGCGCCAAGAGAUUAGCGCUAGAAGACCCCGAGUUUGGAGAAGAGCAUGUGGUGGCUACACUGGCCGAGAGACCAGCCCUCAUUCUGCUGUUGAAGAGAGCACCAGAAAAAGAGGGUUGCGUGAUAGAACUAACACGGCGAGCUCUAUAUGGUGACGGGCUGACAGACGAGGAGAAGACCGGCAAGAAGUUCCCAGCGGAUGACUUGCGCGCUGACAACAUCCCUGGUCUCUUCGUGCCGGCAGACCGGCAUCAGAGGGCUGCUGCGUUAGAUCUAUUAUUUCCCAAGAUGGUGGGUGCAGUGGUAGAACCCCCUCCUACCUUCGAGCCACCUCACAUCGCCAUGAUGUUCGGGGCCUGGCAGCGCCGCUCUGUGCUGGAGGCCGCUGAAGCCCCGCACGUCCAGAAGAGGAUCCUAAGAUACGGCUUCUUUGCUGACACGAAUAUUGAAGAGCCUAAGCUGCUGGCGAAGAACAUUGUGAAGUACGAGGAAAGACCGGAUAAGGACUACUGCGAGACGAUGGUAGUGAUGAUAGCAGUGGGCGUGUGCGAGCCGGCCCUAGCAGCCCCCGAAGACAUCCCGCCGCCCGGCGCCCCCGCCGAGCUGCUGGCGCUGGGGCCGCUGUACGUCAGCACGGACGCGGUCGCGGGAGAGGAGGAGUGCAAGAAGUUCUUCCCGCCAGGCUAUAGCGUGCCUGAGGUCAAGCACAGGCCGAAGGGGAAAAAGAAGAAGAAGAAGCGCGCAAAAGAAGACACAGUGGAGUCUACGACCGAAGCUCCUCCCGCCGAAGCGAGCGAAGCAGAGGCGAACGGCGAAGCGGACAGCGUCGCAGAAGACGAAGAAGAAACAAAUGGAGACGGGGAGGAAAAUGGGGAAAGUGACGAGGCGCAAGCUGUUGAUAAAGCUACGUCACCUCCACCAGCUUAAGAAACCAUCAUUCGAUAACAUACAUACAUACUAGAAUAGAAUAGAUUUAUUUUCAAAAUUGAUACAAGGUAUCACUUAUUGACGUCACAUCACUUAAAUCUAAUUAUAACUACUACCGCUUCCAAAGCGCAUGUGUAGAAGAAGCGGCGGAACACACUACACUGCAGUCUAUACUAGUCCAUCUCAUAUUUAUUCGUCCUUAAAAUAUUCUCGUUCA